AUGCCCUCGAAUGCGUUAACUAGAUGUUGCCAUUUCGUGUCUUAUCAGACCUUCUGUCUAAAGAUAAGUUCAGGAUCAGAUGGCAGUGUGAAGGCUUGCAGGAGGGCAGCUUUCCUUUCAGCCGGGAUCUCCUCCCCAGAUGAAUCAGAACAAUCGAUCACUUCAGAUUCUUCAUCUACGUCGUUUACUUGCAACGACGUUGAAGGUGCUGAAUCUUCGUGUAGAGAUGAUACGGUCGUAUAG